AUGAUGACAACAAGAACAACAAACAUCCCUGUAACGCAACAAGCAGGCAUGGACUUCAACGGCACUUGGAAAGUUUAUUCUGAGGAAAAUAUUGAGGAGUUCUUAAAAGUAAUUGGUGCACCUGAAAUGGUUAUCAAAAUGCGAAAGGAUGUCAAACCAGUGAUCGUGAUUGAGCAGAAUGGCAAAGACUUCACCUGCACAAUGAAGACUCCCAUCUGCACCAAAGUCCACUCAUUCAGCAUCGGGAAGGAGUCAGAGAUGACUGCUUUGGAUGGCAAGAAGCUUAAGUGCAUGGUGAGUGAGGAAAACGGCAAACUGAUUGCUGUGACCGACAAGUUCACUUGUGUCCGAGAGAUCCAAGGGGAUGACAUGGUUGAGACACUCACUGCUGGCUCUGUAACUUGCAUCAGCAGAAGCAAACGAGUCUGA